UUUGGAACAAACUUCCGCGCCUGAUCAUGCCUAGUCUGUGCAAACGAAUCAGAGCCUGCAAUUCGUGCACAUCGUUCCGCACUUGUCAAUCACAUUGUCCGAAGUGGAAAACAUGCUCCAAGUCGUCCGGGGCCGAGGCCAAAGCGAACAGGGAGAAGCAGAUGGAUCCAUUCGAUCGGGUUCUGGAACAUACUGUCGGCUCUCAUGGAUUUUGGCAAUGGUCUGUUCUCGUGCUUGGAGUUAUUGGAUUACCUACAUACGAAGUGUUCACCGUAUUCGGUCUUACCGAACCUGCCUAUCGUUGUCGUAUGCCGGAACCGGUCGAGAGUAUUUUACAUAACGUCACGAUGACAGAGGCAGUCAACAUUCUGUGGGGCAUGAAUAACACUGAACGAGCUCACAUAGAGACGUAUUAUCCGGAUAAGUGUUAUCACCGACUAGAAGGCGUGUGGCAAUUGGUUGAACAGAAUCAAACCGAUUGGACUAGCACAACUCCGGAUCAGUUAGCUCAACUUGCUUCCGGUCAGCCGGUCCCAUGUGAUACUGGUUAUGUUUAUCAGAAUGUGCCGAAUCAAUAUCCGUCCAGUGUGAUCGCCUCGUUCGAUUUGACUUGUGACCGAGCCUGGAUUGCCCCGCUCAACACUACCAUGUUUAUGCUGGGCAUGUUGAUAGGAUACUAUACGAGCGGUUGGGCCGGGGAUCGAUUUGGUCGACGUCCGACUUUGAUCGUGUGGUUUGUCGUAUUUCUCAUCACCGGUUACUUGGCCUCGUUCUCACCGAAUGCGAUCUGUUUGUGUCUGGCUCAGUUUGUUCUCGGUGCGGCAGACAGUGCCCGUUUGAAUGUUUUGUUUGUUCAAAUUUUCGAGAUGACCACCGCUCGUUGGCGUUCGAUCAUGUGCAGCUGUUGGACUGUACUACAAUCGUUUGGCACACGUGCCGUAACGGCUCUAUUGGCCUACCUUUUGCCGGAUUGGCGUUGGCUACUAGCCGGUAUGACCGGAGUCGGCACGAUCGGGAUUGUGUACAUGUGUCUCUGCCCGGAAUCACCACGAUGGCUUCUGUCACAGGGUAGAACA